CCUAUGAUGAUGUUGAAUACCAUUCUGACAAUGAGGUGAAAAAAAGAAAACGUUAUCAAGGCAGCUGUAUGUUUUCCGUUGCUUGAAUGCAGUUAAUAGUUAGUAUUCUAUGCGCGUACUACCUAUAGCUAGAACCCUAUAGGGGCUCACCUGAGAAGUCUAGACAUACGAAAAUAGCUCUCUCAGCACCGCGGAUAGCUCUCAGUCAAACCGGGGAAGAAUUGGAGACCCACUUCGGAGGCUUUCCGUCGCUCUCCAAUCUGAAUCACCCGUCAACUGACUGUCUGGACAAGAGGGAGUCGGGAGUCCCACGGGUACAGGAGACUCGGUAUAGACGGGAAAUACCCGACUGUGGUGUUGGGCUGGAGCGUUAUGGCUCAGACGCUACAGAUGGCGAUCCCUAACUUCGGCAACAACGUCCUGGAGUGUCUCAACGAACAGAGGCUCCAGGGGCUCUACUGCGACGUCUCGGUGGUCGUCAAGGGACACACCUUCAAGGCUCACAGAGCGGUGCUGGCGGCCAGCAGCUCCUACUUCCGGGACCUGUUCAACGCCGGGGGGAAGAGCAGCGUGGUGGAACUCCCGCCGGCCGUCCAGCCGCAGAGCUUCCAGCAGAUCCUGGCCUUCUGCUACACGGGCCGCCUCAGCAUGAACGUGGGCGACCAGUUCAUCCUCAUGUACACCGCCGGCUUCCUGCAGAUCCAGCAGAUCAUGGAGAAGGGCACCGAGUUCUUCCUCAAGGUCUCCUCCCCCAGCUGUGACUCCCAGGGUCUUCAGUCAGAGGAGACCCCACCCUCAGAGCCACAGAGCCCUGUCACUCAAACCGCAGGGAGCGGGGCAGGGGUGGUUGCCACGGCAGCAGGCCGACCCACCUCCUGCCUGACGCCCCUCCCCCUGGUGUCCCGGGUGAAGACGGAGCAGAGCGCCGCUACGCCACAACACACUCCACAUCCGCAGCAGCAGGAGGCCACAUCCUACUCUGUGGUUUGCACCCCCGUUGCCAAGCGCCUCUGGGAGGGGGGCAACCGGGGCGAAGGAGGGGGCGGGUCCGGGGGGGGAGGGGGCGGAGGUGGAUCCAGGAAGGCCGCCCGCUACUCUUCCUCCUCUGCCUCGUCAAAUGGCUGCAACUCCCAGGAUGCAACGGGCAGAAACGUCGUUAACCACAGUAACCAGAACAACAACAACAGUAACCAUAACAACAGCAGUGCUGGGACGCCGGACGGGGCAAGCCCGGGGGCGUUGAGCAUAUACACCAGCGACUCGCCCCUCAGUUACCACGACGACGAGGAGGAAGAGGAGGUGACGGAUGAUAGUGCUGAAGAGCAAUACAGACAGAUCUGCAACAUGUACGCAAUGUACAGCAUGCUCAAUGUGGGCGCCCCAGUAACGGGCGAGCGUGUUGAGUCCCUACCGGAGCACCUCACAGCGGAGACCCGGGGAGGACGAGGGGUCAGGGUUCGCCAGGACCUGGCCUCCCUACCUGCCGAACUCAUCAACCAGAUAGGUAACCGGUGCCACCCGCGGCUGUACGAGGAGGGCGACCCGGCCGAGCGCCUAGAGCUGGUGACCGGUACCAGCGUGUUCAUCUCCCGCGCCCAGCUCAUGAACUGUCACGUCUCAGCUGGCACGCGCCACAAAGUCUUACUGAGGAGGCUGCUGGCGUCUUUCUUCGACAGGAGCACCCUGGCAAAUAGUUGCGGGACAGGGAUCCGAUCGUCCACCAAUGACCCCAGCCGCAAGCCCCUGGACAGCAGAGUGCUGCACGCCGUUAAGUUCUACUGUCAGAACUUUGCUCCCAGCUUCAAGGAGAGUGAGAUGAACGCCAUCGCGGCUGACAUGUGCACCAACGCCCGUCGCGUGGUCCGGAAGUCCUGGAUCCCCAAGCUCAAGCUCCUCAUGGCCGAGGGCGACGCCUACUCUGCUUUCCUCCAAUCGGACGCGGUCAAGAUGGAGGCAGAUGCCCUGGGGGCGGAGCACGGUUUUGAUCCCGCCUCCCUGGCGGAAGCGACGGCGGCCAGUAGUGACGCGGGACCGUCUUCUGGGGAGGGGCUUCAGAGUGUUGUGGGCGGUGAUGGCAGCACUCUGUUUUAAAGUGAGUGGGCAGAGUUUGUCUAACCUUUCUGCUUGAUCUGAUUGGUCUAUGAUCAUUUCCUGGUGUCCUUCUUGGUGACACUUUCUUCUUUUGUUUUUUUUGUUUUGUUUUUAACGGCAACUUUUCAAAUCUGAUUUUCCUCCCUUGGUCUUUGGCAUGUUGUUUAUUUUCUCCACCCGCUCCUUCUCUCUCUGUCUCUCUCCCUCUCUCUCUCUCUCUCCUAUCCCGUACCCCUGUACAAAGUGUCUCCCCUACUUCUGGGGGAGAGAGAGAGCGGGACGGCGGGUGGGUGGGGCGAGGGAGUGGGAGAAAGCAAGCAUGCCAGAGGAGGGGUGGUUGUGUAUGAUGAAAACGGGAUCUGAACAUAUGCCCCGUUCCCCUAAUGCAGAGUAUUGUGAUGUUCAUGUUUUGGUAUUUUUUUUCGGGUCUUCAAAGACCUCCCUCCCCUUUCCAUAUCGCUAAAACACAUUCCCUAUGAGGGGGGGGGGGUGUCGGGUUUAGGGAGGGGGGGGCGUGUCCUCUGGCCGGUCUAAUAACACUGUUUAGAUAAUGAAUGUAUGGGUCCAAACCCCUGGACCAUGGUCCAGAUAACUAUGUAUCGGACGGGAGAUUGUAUUCAUCAGUUUAUAUAGACUCUGGAAGUCCCAUGGCUGGCUCUUCUAUGGUGGGGGUGGGUGAGAGAGGGAUUUUAUUUUGGGUGGGAGGGGAGUAGGUGUUUGUAAGGGGAUAAUGGUCGAAAGAAGUGUGUAUUCUGUCCUGGUGACUCUUCUGACCCCUUUUUGUAUUUGUCUCGGUGCUGGACCUUUGGCUCGGCCAGGACUUCUCAUGAAGAGUGCAGAUCAGCUAUGGGCAGAUGUUGAGGAGCUCGCAUGUGUGGAAUAAGACUUCCUGGCUCUGUGAAGCCUUCACAUCUGUCUAGUUAAUACUGUCUGAGAGGAGAAAGGGGCUGUUGGAAAGAAGAGCUCACUCAAACCCAAAUCAUGUCGAAUUUUAGAAGGAAACCGACUGAAAUAGUUUGUCGUCUUGCACUAUGAAACAAGUCUUCUCUCCAAAAGCUAAAAAUUCUCUGUUUUCGGCCGCUGACCCAAGCAUUGUGUGUGUGUGUGUGGUAGGUCCACUUGUAUUUAAUUGAGACUGUUGGGGGGGAGGGGGGCCUGGCAUAUCAUUGUAAUGUGUUGGUUUGCGUGUGUGUUGACAAGGGCCGUUCAUUCUGAGAUGUGUGCUGCGGCAGAAGCACCAGACAGGGAGAGAGCUCACACGCUCGGCCGACUCAUUAAUCCACCACUCUGAUCGG